GAUUCAAUUGAACAUAGAAUCAAUUCUAGAGGAUUGGUGGAGUUGUCUUUUUGGUACUUUGUCAUUGGAGUCAUCAUCUGUGGUGUCAGAACCUUCAUCUUUGGUGUUGGGGCCUUUGUUAUUAGAGUCAUCAACUUG